UGUGGUUGUGGACGCCUGCCGGUGGAACAUUCAGCCGAUGUGCAACUGGAAGCGCAGAUCUACCUGGCUGCCAGCCAGGCAACCGGUGGUAGGGGCCUGCACAACAGCCUUGGAGAACCUGAACGUUGGCAGGUGAGGACACACACUCGGGAAAUGCCCAUCACAGCCUACGGCACUGUGGAGUUCCAAGGCGGCCCACACGCCACCAAAGCCCGAGUAAGUCACCUGCCCCUCACUUCUGUCCUCUGA